AUGGAUUGGGACAAAGCAGUGUUAUGGGGAACCUUUAGCAGAUAUGGGAUGGUUGUUGAUGUGUACAUUGCCAAGAAGCUGAAUAGGCUCAAGAAGAGGGGGUUCCUCAAUAUGCUUGGUGAGAAGAAGCUUUUAGUAUCAUCGCUAGCACUUAGGGAAAGCAAUGGUGAAAGUGCAAUUCGAUCGGAUAAUGAAGAAGCUACGCCGGUAACAUCUCUGGUGAGUACCGCCUGGAGACACCAUAGUGAUGAUCAGAAAAAUUACCAGGAAGACGAAGAGACCCACGUUAGUAAUUCAUUCCCUGUUCCCGAGAAAGUGGCACACAUUCUUAAUGUUGAAGACCGUUGGAGAGAAUAUGAAGCGACACAACCGAUAAUCCUAGGGCGUACAUAUCCAGGGGCGUCCUCACCUUUGGGCCAAAAUAGAAGUUGGGAUAGAAACUCACCAAUAAAAGAGAAUUCUCGAGCCAGGCCCACCAAAUCGUUGAACCAUAAUCACGUUCCUUCUCGUUCUAAUUCACCCCUCCAGUCUUAA